AUGGAGGGCGCGUCGAGCGACCCGUACCGGCGGCCGGCGCGGCGAACUCAGUGGCUGCUGAGCGCCCUGGCGCACCACUAUGGGCUGGAUCGCGGCGUGGAGAACGAGAUUGUGGUGCUGGCAACCGGCUUAGACCAGUACCUUCAAGAGGUCUUCCACCACCUGGACAGCCGCGGCGCUGGUCGCCUAUCGCGCGCGGACUUCCGUGCGCUCUGUGCCGUGCUGGGGCUGCGCACCGAAGGGACAGUCGCCUCCACUGAGGCCGCUGGGAACGGGAAUGCGGGGGACGCGGCUGCUGGGGAGGCCGUCGACAGGGACGUGGACGCCGAAGAGGAAGCACGCUUGGCGCUGUGCGCCGAACCUUCUGAACUUACCUUCCGCCAGUUCCACGCUCGCCUCUGCGGCUACUUCGGCACCCGCGCGGGACCCCGACUGCCCCGCGGCGCGCUCAGCGAGCACAUAGAGACGCAAAUCCGCCUGCGCCGCCCGCGCCGCCGCCGCAACCGCCCGCCCCACGCGUCUGGCUGCGACGGCGGCCCAGACGGCGAGCGGGUGGCGAGGCUUGAGGAAGAGAACAGCAGCCUUCGAGAGCUCGUGGAGGAUCUGCGCGCUGCGCUGCAGAGUAGUGACGCACGCUGCCUAGCGCUACAGGUCGGCCUCUGGAAGAGCCAGGCAGGCACCCUCCAGGAAGGGUGCCGUGGGCCGCAGGAGACGGCGCGGGAGCUGCAGCAGGCUAGGGGCGCAUUAGCUGCAGCGGAGGCCCGCGAGGGGCGACUGCGCAGGGGCCAGGCCGAGGUGCGGCAGCGCGCAGAAGAUGCCCGGCAGGCCGUGCUGCACAGCCUGUGCCGCGUGCGAGAGCUCGAGGCGCUGGCGCAGCAGGUACCGGGCCUGCAGCUCUGGGUGCGGCGGCUGGAGGCAGAGCUGCAGUGCUACAGGUCAGAAGUCACCCAGCUCCCAGUCUCACCACAAGCCAGCCCAGAGCUAGAAACUAACAACGGUGAACCUGAAGACAGUGUGGCCAGAGACCCAGGCCCCCUUCCUGAGGGAGCAGCCUGGCAGUCAGACAGUAGCUCUGGAAGCAGACACCUGGAUGAAGAGGAUGAGCAGCUCUUCCGCUCUGUGGAAGGCCAGGCUGCCUCGGAUGAGGAGGAUGACCACGAGGAGAAGUGGCGGGAGGAGCAGAGCCCCCCACUGGCUGAAGUCAUGAAGCUGCUAGCAGGCCUCUUAAACUGCAGGAGUGGAUGUGAUGACCAGCCUGCCAAGCAGCUCAUGACUUGCUUCAGUCACCUGGGCAAUGCAGACCACACCCUCACCCUGGGGGAGCUGGAGGCCUUUGUUGCCAUGCUAGUGGAGCAGCUGGGGACCCAGGACUACAACAGGAAGACCCUGGGGACACCUGGAGAGGAGGCCGAACUGCAGCAGAAGGUGGAGGAGAAUGAGCACCUGAGGCUGGAGCUGCAGAUGGUGGAGACAGAGCGUGUGCGCCUCUCCCUGUUGGAGGAGAAGCUGGGGGAUGUGCUGCAGCUCCUGCAGAGGCUCCGGGCCCUGAAUAUAUCGAAAAGAGCCGUGGGGAAGAUUUUACUGAGCUCGCUGGACGCUUGCAGGGACCCCACACACGAGGGCAGAACUAGGUCCUUGGCCGUACUAGAUGCCCUGCACCAAGCCCUAGCCAGCUGCAAACUCUUACGAAGACAGCCCUUGUCUCCGGCCUCCACAGCUCCUGCCCUCACCGAUUCCCUUCUCAUCUCAUGCUGA